AAGACCUCGGAAAUCCAAAUCUGGGUGUAAUUUUAGCUGUAAACAGUGUAGAAAGAGUUUCAGUCAAAAGUCAAACCUUGAUGUUCACAUGAAAGUUCACACUAGGAAGAAACAUUGCACUUGCAAACAGUGUGGAAAAAGCUUCAGUAGUACAGGACACUUAACCGUGCACAUGAGAAUUCACACUGGGGAGAGGCCGUACAUGUGCCAACAGUGUGGAAAAAGCUUCUAUCAUGCUGGAAACUUGGCAGAGCACAUGAGAAUUCAUACCGGAGAGAAGCCUUACUCUUGCACUCAGUGUGGAAAGAGUUUUAAGCAAAAUGCCACCUUUAAAGUCCACAUGAAAAUUCACACUAGGGAGCAACCUUACAGCUGCGAACAGUGUGGAAAGAGUUUUGGUCAAAUACAAGACUUUAAAACCCACAUGAGAAUUCACACCGGAGAGAAGCCUUUCAGCUGUAAACAGUGUGGAAAGAGUUUCAGAAAAAAGCCAAACCUUAAUGUUCACAUGAGAGUUCACACUAGGGAGAAACCUUAUACCUGCAAACAGUGUGGAAAGAGUUUUAGUCGAAAACAAAGCCUUAAAAUCCACAUGAGAAUUCACACAGGAGAGAGGCCGUACACAUGCCAACAGUGUGGAAAAAGCUUCCGUCAUUCAGGAAACUUUGCAGGGCACAUGAAAAUUCACACUGGGGAGAGGCCGUACACAUGCCAACAGUGUGGAAAAAGCUUCUAUAAUGCAAGAAGCCUUGCACUGCACAUGAGAAUUCACACUGGAGAGAAGCCUUUUAGCUGUAAACAUUGUAGAAAGAGUUUCAGUCUAAAGCAGAACCUGAAUGUUCACAUGAGAGUUCACACUAGGGAGAAACCUUACACCUGUGAACAGUGUGGAAAGAGUUUUGGUAAAAAACAAGACCUUGAGAUCCACAUGAGGAUCCACACUGGAGAGAAACCUUACACCUGCACUCAGUGUGGAAAGAGUUUUGGAAGACAAAGCAGUCUUAAAAUUCACAUGAGGAUCCACACUGGAGAGAAACCAUUCACAUGCACCCAGUGUGGGAAGACUUUCAGCCAAAUAUCAGCCCUUAGCAAACACAAAAAAAUCCACACUGGAGAGAAACCAUUCACAUGCACUCAGUGUGGGAAGAGUUUCAGCCAAUCAUCAUCCCUUAAUAGUCACAUGAGGAUCCACACUGGAGAGAAACCAUUCACUUGCACUCAGUGUGGGAAGAGUUUCAGCAAAUCAUCAUCCCUUAAUCUACACAAGAUGAUUCACACUGGAGAGAAACCAUUCACAUGCACUCUGUGUGGGAAGAGUUUCAUCCAAUCAUCAUCCUUUAAUCUACACAUGAGGAUUCACACUGGAGAGAAACCAUUCACAUGCACCCAUUGUGGGAAGAGUUUCAUCCGCUCAUCAUCCCUUGAUCUACACAUGAUGAUCCACACUGGAGAGAAACCCUUCACAUGUACCCAGUGUGGGAAGAGUUUCAGCCAAUCAUCACACCUUAAUCAACACAUGAUGAUCCACACUGGAGAGAAACCCUUCACAUGUACCCAGUGUGGGAAGAGUUUCAGCCAAUCAUCACACCUUAAUCAACACAUGAGGAUCCACACUGGAGAGAAACCAUUCACCUGCACUCUGUGUGGGAAGAAUUUCAGCCAACCAGCAAACUUUAAUCAACACAUGAGGAUCCACACUAGAGAGAAACCAUUCACAUGCACUCUGUGUGGGAAGAGUUUCAGCCAAUCAUCAUACCUUAAUCUACACAUGAUGAGCCACACUGGAGAGAAACCAUUCACAUGCACUCAGUGUGGGAAGCGUUUCAGCAAAUCGUCAUACCUUAAUCUACACAUGAGGAUCCACACUGGAGAGAAACCAUUCACAUGCACUCAGUGUGGGAAGAGUUUCAGCCAAUCAUCACACCUUAAAAAACACAUGAGAAUCCACACUGAAGAGAAACCAUUCACAUGCACUCACUGUGGGAAGAGUUUCAACCAACCAUCAAACCUUAAUCACCACAUGAGGAUCCACACUGGAGAGAAACCAUUCACAUGCAAUCAGUGUGGGAAGAGUUUCAGCAUAUUAUCAUCCCUUAAUAUACACAUGAGGGUCCACACUGGAGAGAAACCAUUCACAUGCACUCUGUGUGGGAAGAGUUUCAGCCAAUCAACAAGCCUUAAUGAACACAUGAAGAUCCACACCGGAGAGAAACCAUUCACUUGCACUCAGUGUGGGAAGAGUUUCAUCCGCUCGUCAUCCCUUAAUAUACACAUGAGGAUCCACACUGGAGAGAAACCAUUCAAAUGCACUCAGUGUGGGAAGAGUUUUAACAACUCAUCAAACCUUAAUCAACACAUGAGGAUCCACACUGGAGAGAAACCAUUCACAUGCACUCAGUGUGGGAAGAGUUUUAAGUACUCAUCAAACCUUAAUCAACACAUGAGGAUCCACACUGGAGAGAAAAAGAGGAUUCCCACUGGAGAGAAACCAUACAGAUCUGAUCAGUGUCUACAGAGUUUCGCUCCUUCGGCCAAACUUAAGAUUCACAUGAUGAUCCACACAGGAGAGAAACCAUUCACAUGCACCCAGUGUGAGAAGAGUUUCAGCCAAUCAUCAUCCCUUAAUAAACACAUGAGGAUCCACACUGGAGAGAAACCAUUCAUAUGCACUCAGUGUGGGAAGAGUUUCAGCCAAUCAUCAUCCCUUAAUCAACACAUGGUGAUCCACACUGGAGAGAAACCAUUCACAUGCACUCAGUGUGGGAAGAGUUUCAGCCAAUCAUCAUCCCUUAAUCAACACAUGAUGAUCCACACCGGAGAGAAACCAUUCACUUGUACUCAGUGUGGGAAGAGUUUCAGCAAAUCAUCACACCUUAAUCAACACAUGAUGAUCCACACUGGAGAGAAACCAUUCACAUGCCCUCAAUGUGGGAAGAGUUUCAGCAAAUCAUCACACCUUAAUCAACACAUGAUGAUCCACACCGGAGAGAAACCAUUCACAUGCACUCAGUGUGGGAAGAGUUUCACCCACUCAUCACACCUUAAUCAACACAUGAUUAUCCACACUGGAGAGAAACCAUUCACAUGCAACCAGUGUGGGAAGAGUUUCAGCUUAUCAUCAACACUUUAUAGACACAUGAAGAUCCACACUGGUGUGAGAGAGUAUAUGUGCUUGGAGUGUGAGAAGACUUUUAUUACAGCGGCAGAAUUGAAACGGCACAAAAGGAUUCACAUUGGAGAAAAAACGUACAAGUGUUCACACUGCAGUAAGAGGUUUACUUACUCAAGAACCCUGAAAACACAUGAGAGGAUUCACACUGGAGAGAAACCCUAGACAUGAUCAAUGUGUACAGAGUUUCACUCAUUCGGGGCAGAUUAAAAAAUACAUGGGAUGGUUUCCGGUAUGGCGUCGACACAUGUAGCAGCAUAGAAAGAGCGCUCCCAUACACACUGGUAUUAAUCCUCCUUUUUGCAUCAUAUAUGAUAACCUAAACCAUAUUUAAAUAACAUGGAGGGGGACAAAAACCAAAAGGCUAGGACAAAACAACCAUUGAAACCUGAAAAAAACGAAAAAUCAACAGAUGAAAAAUCAGAGACGGACGGGAUAGCUAAUAGCCUGUCAGCUAGCAUUGCAGCAAUACAUAUGGACAUCAAAGCUUUCCAGAUGGAUAUUAAAUCCGAUUUAACCGCCUUCCAAGAUUCUCUCGCAAAACAUGUGAAAAUGGAACUAAGUAACUUUAAACAAGAGGUCAAUCAAAAACUGGAUGGCCUUAUCACGGACCUAAAUGCAACGGCAGGUCAACGAAGUGGAGAAGCAAGUUAAAGAAUUGGACGAGAACAUUGCUGAGAUGUAAGAAAUGCUUGAUCAAACCAUCCAAAUUCAAGAAAAUUUACAAGAGAAACUGUUAGAUCUAGAAUCACGUAGAAAUAAUGUUCGGAUUUUUGGAAUCCCGGAAGGAAGCGAAGGGAAUAAUAUCCAAGACUUGGUGGAAAGAUUAUCAAAAUGGACCUUAAAAGCCAAUGAUGUUACCGGGCACUCAGGCCAAAACCACCCGCUGACGCCACCCUAGAUUCCAUAUUCUUCCUGGAAUACAAAAUGAAGAAACUGGUCCUUCGCAUGGAGAAAGAAAUACACUGGAACGAAAAAAGGAUUUUCUAUGACCAAGACUACCCACCUGAGAUCCAACAGAAAAGACGGGCUUUUGCUCCGAUAAGAAAAAUUCUGAGAGAAAAGGGGAUUAAGUUCCAAACACCACCGCCAGCGAAACGUAGAAUCUUUCUGGAAAACGGGCCGGUCAUGUACAAUUCAAUGACGGGAGCAUCAAGAGAUCAUGAAAGAAAAAGGACUGAUAAAUGGUGAAGAAGAAACUGUUAUAGGAAUCUCUGUUAAAGUGAAACAAAGACCUUGGCAAAAGGAGUGAUACAUACAUACAUACAUACAUACAUACAUACAUACA